ACUUUAAUAAGCUAGUAGUACCUCGUAGAUAAAGAUUUCAGUAAUACAGGGAGAAGGGCGCGAAGAGAGAGAGAGAUAGAUAGAGUGAACAAAAAGGUCGUUUUUUCAGUUCCAAGCCUUUGAAAAUGGUGAAGGAGUGAAGGACUGAUUAUAGUUCCUCAUCACACCUGCAUAUGUUGGAUGAAUAUGGAGCUCGAUUCGUUUCCGUGGUCAAAGCCAAAAUCUAGGAACACAAAGUUCUGUUUUGUUGAUGUACGGAGCAGACAACAUAAACGUGGACAAGCACCAACAAAUUUGGCCACAGAAACAAGCCACAGAAGUUUCUCAGACAUGGAUUUUAGCUCCCCAAUCAUCAAUCUCCUUGUACAUUUUCUUCUUAUUUUUUCAUUGCUUUGUCCUGUUCAUUCUUCACAAAAUCAGACUUUUAAACCAGAGGAAGAGUUGCACAAGUUGAAAUCCACAAUAAGAACUCGUCUUCAACAGAUAAACAAGCCUGCCAUUAAGACAAUUCAGAGUCCUGAUGGUGAUAUAAUAGACUGUGUUGUAUCCCAUAAGCAGCCAGCUUUUGAUCAUCAUCUAUUGAAAGGGCAUAAGCCAUUGGACCCUCCAGAGAGGCCUAGAGGCCAUGAUCAAAUGGGAAUUUUGAAUGAGGAAUUUCAGUUGUGGAGGCUAUCUGGUGAAACAUGUCCAGAAGGAACAAUUCCAAUAAGAAGAACAACAGAGCAAGACAUGCUAAGAGCAAGCUCUGUUAAUGGAUUCGGAAGAAAAUUUGUGAGAAGUGUCACAAGAGACACCAAUGGCAAUGGACAUGAGCAUGCAGUUGGGUAUGUGAGUGGGGAUCAGUACUAUGGAGCAAAGGCCAGCAUAAACGUGUGGGCCCCACAUGUGGAAAACCAAUAUGAAUUCAGCUUAUCUCAAAUGUGGAUCAUCUCUGGCACAUUUGAGGAGGAUCUAAACACCAUUGAAGCUGGUUGGCAGGUCAGCCCUGAGCUCUAUGGGGACAGCUACCCUAGAUUCUUUACUUAUUGGACGAGUGAUGCAUAUCAAGCAACCGGGUGCUACAAUUUACUUUGCUCAGGAUUUGUUCAAACUAAUAGCAAAAUUGCAAUUGGUGCUGCUAUCUCUCCAACUUCUUCAUAUGAUGGUGGGCAAUUUGAUAUUAGCUUACUUGUCUGGAAGGAUCCAAAGCAUGGAAAUUGGUGGCUUGAAUUCGGAUCAGGGAUCCUAGUUGGGUACUGGCCAUCAUUCUUGUUCACCCAUUUAGGGGAUCAUGCAAGCAUGGUUCAAUUUGGUGGAGAAAUUGUGAAUUCAAUGUCAUCAGGUUCUCACACUUCCACCCAAAUGGGUAGUGGGCAUUUUGCUGAAGAGGGUUUUGCAAAAGCAUCAUAUUUUAGGAAUUUGCAGGUUGUGGACUUUGAUAACAACUUGGUUCCAUUGUCAAAUCUCAAGGUUCUAGCAGACCAUCCGAAUUGUUAUGACAUACAAGGAGGGCUCAAUAAUGCCUGGGGGAAUUACUUUUACUAUGGUGGUCCUGGCAGAAAUGUGAAGUGUCUCUAAGGGAAUAAUUGAAAUGAUAAAGAAUUAAUUAUAUAUAGAGGUCAUCCAUUUAUGAGACUAUUACCACCCACUGGGCACUUUGUAAAUGUUGGAAGAGAUAUAGUAAAUAUACUGCCUUUUCUUUAUACCCGCCCCUGCCUAAAUCCCAGCAAUAUUCCUUCCUUCUUCCUUGUCCUCCUGAUUACUUCUGCAAAUUCUUCAAUUACUUCUGAUGAUACAUGCAAACAAUUUUGUACCAAUAUGAAUCAUAUUUAAAUUUUUUAUUAUUGAUGAAAGCCAUAAUGUCAAGUACUGAAAACAGUGUUGCAAUCUCCCAUUUUGGUCAUACCAUAUUUUUAAUACAUGUCUUCAUGAUAAAA